AUGUGCACCAUCCGCCAGGGUUCCAUGAGCCUCCUGCCCCCCUCCUCCUCCUCCUCCUCCUCCUCUUCCACCACCACCGCUGGUAUCACCAGUCCCCGGAGCUCCGCCGCAGGCUCGGACCCAGCCUCCACGCCAGGCUCGGCAGCAGCCGGGUCUGCUACAGCCGCUGUGGUGAAGAGCAGCGAGCCGAUGGUGGGGGGUGUUGCGGCUGUAGCGUGGGGGGAGGAGGGGUACCAGCUUGUAGCAGCGGAAGCAGGGAUGGUGGGGGAGGUGGCGGCGGGUGUGAGGGGAAGGCAGGCGGGGCGGCUGGUGCAGUUUGCGUUUGCGAGGCAGUGCUCGAGUAAGGCGGUGGCGGGGAGCUCGCAUGUGUGGCAGGCGAUGGCUGGUGCGGAUCGAGUGCUGUUGGUGCAGAGUAAUGAGGAGGAGGAGCUGAGGGUGCAGCACCUGGUCAUCCCGCAAACGUACAUGGGUGUGAACUGGCCGGUGAGGCACGUGGCAGCGAGUGAUGACGGGUCGUACCUGGCAGUGGCGGGGCGGCGGGGAGUCAUCCUGCACAACCUGCGCUCCAACAAGUGGCGCGUCUUUGGGGACGUGAUGCAGGAGCGCGCCGUCAAGUGCGAGGGGCUGCUGUGGGUGGGCAAGAUCAUCAUUGUGUGCAACCACCGGGUGGCGUCUCACUCAUACGAGCUCUGUCUCUACCCGCGUUUCCACCUGGACGAGUCCUCUCUGCUGUGCCGCCAACCGCUCCCCGCGCGGCCUAUAGCGCUGGACGCGUGGGGCGACUACAUUCUGGUGGCCACGCCCCCCUUUGACAUCAAAGUCUUUCACAUGCACGUGGAGGGAGACGUGUCACCGCUGCAUCUACCCACCGUGCAGGUCAGUUUCGCUGCAGUGCGCGCAAGGUAUGAGAGUGGGGGUCUCUCUCUGGCCCUGGACGCAUGGGGAGACUACAUUCUGGUGGCCACGCCCCCCUUUGACAUCAAAGUCUUUCACAUGCACGUGGUGGGGGACGUGUCGCCGCUUCAUUUACCCACCGUGCAGCUGCGCACAGUGCGGGAGCUCUCCAUCAUGUCAGCGCGCAAGCCUCUCGCCGCCAUGCGCUUUCGCGCAAGCCCCUUGUCUCCAUGCGCUUUGUAUUUCUCUCUCGAACCUUCCACUUGUUUCUUGCUUGCUGCCUCUUCGCCCCCUCCCCGCUCCCUCAUGCCUCCUCCCCCCCCACCAGCUGCGCACAGUGCGGGAGCUCUCCAUCAUGUCAGCGCGCAAGCCCCUUGUCUCCAUGCGCUUUCUAUUUCUCUCUCAAACCUUCCACUUGUUUCUUGCUUGCUGCCUCUUCGCCCCCUCCCCGCUCCCUCAUGCCUCCUCCCCCCCCACCAGCUGCGCACAGUGCGGGAGCUCUCCAUCAUGUCAGCGCGCAAGCCUCUCGUCGCCAUGCGCUUUGUGCCGCGCACAGGGGACGCAGACGCUCAGGCGGAGGGGGAAAGGCAGGCGGGGAGCGAGGGGAAUCGUGAGCGGGAAGGGGAGGGCCAAGGCGCCCUCACGAGCAGCAGCAGCGAGCAAAGACUGUGCAAGGAGGGGGCGCAGCAGGGGGCAGCGAGGAGAGGAGCAGGCACACAGGCAACCGGGAAAUCCGGGAAAUCUGGAAAAGGCAGCAUACGAGACCCACUGGCAGAGGCGAUGAGGCGGCAGCCCACCAAGUGCAUGCUGCUGCGCACCGAUGGGGACCUGUCUCUGCUGGACCUGGAUAGUGGCAGUGAGAGGGCGCUGGUGGCGGGGGUUGAGAACUUCUGGCUUACCCAGGGGGGGGACGAGGCUGCUGCUGCACUCAUUGAGGAGGUGCCCUGGUGGGCGUAUGGCCACAGGGGAAUGCAGGUGUGGUACCCCUCCUUGUACCACGACGCAUCAGGCCAGCCAGCAGAGGUGCAGCAGCUGGACCCAGAGCUCGACUUUGACCGCGAGGUGUACCCGCUGGGGGUGUCGCCGGCAGCGGGGGUGAUCGUGGGUGUGAGCCAGCGCCUGUCGCUCUCCUCCUGUGCCGAGAUGCCCUGCUUUGAGCCCACGCCCCAGGCACAACCAAUUCUCCCUUGCCUGCUGCGGCACCUGCUGCAGCGCAACAAGAUGGAGGAGGCGGUGCAGCUAGCGCACCUCUCUGCCACGCGGCCACACUUCUCCCACUCCCUCGAGUGGCUUCUCUUCACCAUCUUUGAUGCCGAGACGUCCAGUGCGAGCGCACGGAGGCGGCGCAAGGAGGUGAAGAAGGGCCCGAGCUUGCUGGACCGGGCGUGUGAGCUGAUCCGGCACUUUGGGGAGUACCGAGAUGUGGUGGUCAGCGUGGCGCGCAAGACCGACAGCCGCCACUGGCCCGACCUCUUUGCUUCUGCAGGCAACUCCAACACGCUCUUUGAAGAGUGUUUUGAAAACAAGCAAUACCGCACCGCCACGUGCUACAUUCUGGUGGUGGAGAAGCUAGAAGGCCCAACCAUCGGUCAGCAAAGCGCCCUGCGGCUCUUGCAGGUGGCAUUGCAAGAAUCGAUGUACGACUUGGCAGGCGAGCUGGUGCGCUUCCUGCUGCGGUCAGGGCGCGAGUACAGCCAGGCGGUGGAGGAGGACGAGAGGGCGAGCGAGAGUCUACUCAAGAGCUUCUUCUCCUUCGGAUUCACCUCCACAGCCCCCAAGGCGAGGGGGGACGUGUUGCACACGACAGUGAAGCACAUACUGGGGGAGAAAGCUACGGCCCUCAUGAGCAGCAAGGAGCUCCGGCAGCUCGUGGCGUUCGUGAAAGGCACCCAGUUCGACUUCACUGAAUUCCUGCGGUCGGAUCGAGGCAGGUCAAUUCGCCUCGAAGACUUUCCCACUGCCCUGCGCACCAUCCGCUACAAGAUCGCCCUGGAGGGCAAUCUACAGAGCAGGCUGGAUGCGGAGUUCCUUUUGGCUCACGUGCGCACCGUGGGCUUUCAUGAGUGGACCGUCGUGCUCGCCACGCUGCUGCAGCGAUCUGAGGUGCUGGCAGAGCUAUUCCAGAACGACAUGAAGCUGUGGACUGCCUAUGUGAGAGCUCUUAAGGCACAACCGAAUGCAUCACAGUAUGAUGAGCUUCUGGCAGCAGUCGAGAGAGACCUAACAGCCCAUUUGGGUCCUGAUAAUCCUGCCCUCUCCUCAUCUAGCCUUGCAAUCCCUGCCACCACUGCUCCAGCUAGGUCCCCCUCCUGGUGGAAACGGGUUCCCACCAGGGCCGCACGCGGAUGCAAGGGCUGUCGCGACCCCCAGCUGGGAAUUGCAUGCGAGAGGGAGUGCCCCGCCCCCUCCCAGGUCCCUAGCGAGAUCCGGGCGGCGGAGCAAGCUGGCGGGGUGGACGCGACGUCAUUGAAGGGCUCCUGCGGCAAUCUCGCUUGUCUGUUCGCGUUCGACAAGAUCCUUGCCCAGUUGGACGCGGUCGUUGCCAGUGGAUCCGGGCCGCAAUUUUUGAGGCGAACCGCGAAGACUCUGAAUGCACUGCGGCAUGAGGCGUACCAAACCGCCGAAGAGCUCGCGUUCAACUUGAGCGUGGAUUUGACGCGACCCAAGCACGGCGGUGAGGCUGAAGGUGCUGAAACGGGGAAGGUGCAGAAAGUGGCUACGUGUGCACAUGUUGCUGACCAUGGUGUUCUCGCUCUCACAGGUGCCGCUGGUGUUUCGAACCGCGGAGGUGCUCGGGGGGGGACGGUGGUCCACGCUGAUGACGAAGGGGCCGAGGAUACCGCGACUAAGGGUGCAACCCGCGAUGAGGAUGACCGCGCUGUUGCGCGUGAGGGGGAGGAGUCGAGCGAGGAGGAGGCGGAGGCUCACGUGGUAGUGGCCGUGGUAGCGGCCGUGGCAUCUAGCAGGCCCACUACAUCCGGCAAGAGCAUCAAGCACCUCGCGCAGCACUUGGCCCCCGGUGCUGGAAGCGCGGGCCCGAGUGGUGAGGUCGCGGGCAAGAGUCCCGUGACGGGUCCGCGUGAUCACGCGUCCCUAUCCUCGUUGCCAUCGCAUAAGCUUGCUGCCGAGAUCCUGCAGCUCGAAUGCAGGCUUGCAGCGCAGGCCGAAGAGAACGCACGGCUGAAGAAACGCCAGGAGUCGGGGGUUGGUGGGGUCGCGGUCGUGGGCUUUGAGGAGCUUGCGCUCGCGCUUGCUAGUGCGGUUCGGAUGUUGGAGAAGGAGGCGAGGGCGAUCGCGCAGGAAAGAGCGGCCCUGGUCGAUACGCGUAACCAGGAGGCGUUGGUGCUGGGGCGAGUGGACGCAAGGCUGGGACAGCUGCAGGGGGUGGUGACAGACUCCAUGGAAGCCGCUCAAAAGAAGAUGAUGGACGAGGUUGCGCGGAAGAUCGACAACAUGUCGACCGCGGUCUCCGCGACAGCAGAGCAGGCAAUCACCACCAGCGGGGUCACGAACGCGCUGCACACCCUCAUCGCGCUCGUUGGAGGAGCCCCCCCGCCGCGCACGGAUAAUGAAGGAAUGGCCGCGACGGAGAUUGCCGAGACCGGGGAUGCAGAGCAUGGAAAGCGGGCAGCGGGUGCGAAGGCGGAGAAUCAAUGGGGGGCGAAGAGGCAGAGAGGUCCCCAGGCAGUGGCCGCGGUGCGCAAUCCGAGCGUGCAGGACAUGCUGAAGCAGAAGUGGGGCGCUGCAUCGCGAGGUGCAGCACCGCCUGGUCAACCAGGUUCGAGCUCGCGCUCCAUCCCACCUGGAGAAGCUGCACCCAAACCACCGGGCCCUGCCGGGGCAACCGCGACAGUGACAAGUACUGUGGGUCGGGGCAAGGGUAAGGCGGAGGAUGGAGAGGCGCCGGCUACUGCGGGUUCGCUGGCCUCGAGGCGUGAGGUCCAGUCCGCAGCGGCUGCUACGGCAGAGGGCAGGCAGACCACGCUCGCACCCGCUCGUGCUGCAAUCACCGCGGGAAAUCUGCGCAGCGCACUGGCAUCUGCAAGUCCUAUCGCGGCCUCGAUCGAGGUCAAGGCGGAGAAACGCGGACGGGGUGGCAAGAAGUUGCCCCCUCCACCCGUGUACAUGAUCGACGAGGACGAUGCGGAUGAGGAGCUGGAGGGUCUCGUGAGCAGGUGGGUCGAGGCGGGCGACGGAGGAGAGCAGGGUGGGGAGGCCGCGGUCGAUGUUUAUAGCGGCGGGGAGAGUGCGGACGAGCAAGACGGAGACCCCGUGAUCGUGGAAGGUGGCACAACGGGAGGAAGGUGGCAACGCAUGUUCGAUUCCUAUCGCGGGCUAACCAAGCCCAGAAUGCACACCACCAACGUGAUUGCAUGGGCCGCGGUGGUAGGCAAGGAGGCUGCGGCAGAAGAAGCGGAUCUCGACGACGUGGAGCCGACAGACUACGCGGGAGCGAUCGCAUGCGCCAUUGCAAUGGUGUGGGAGGUCACUCGCGGUUCUAACGUCACCGCCGCAGCAGAUAAUGGAAACCUGGCCGCGCGUGCUGCUGGUUGCUAUGGAGAGCGAAGCCGUCUCUUCCCCGUAGUAUUCGCGUACGUCAUCAAUGCGGUGCGGAAGCGCAAUCGCCGCGAGGAAGAUGAGCCACAGGUUGUCGCGGACCCAAAGGCGGUCGCCGCCGCGAUCGUGUCCGGAGUCAUGAACGAGGUCGUUGCAAAGUCUCGCGAUCUCAUGCACAUUGAGUUGGCCGCCCGCGAAACGGUGGACGUUAUCAUCACCUGGUGCGACUGCUCGGUGGCAGGGAAGUAG